AUGUAUGCGCUCAUACACAAAUACUGUAGUAUUUUUUCAAUUCCAGAGACAUCUGAUUUCGUCCCAACCUCCCGUAUUGUAGGUGGAACGACGAUCAAAUCUCGCCACAAGUACCCAUGGUACGUCGGGCUGCAUCAUGCAUAUCUUCCCGACAGCGUAUGCGGCGGGUCCAUCAUCAACGUCCAGUACAUUCCUACCGCUGCUCACUGCAUUGCCGGCUAUUGCCAAUUCUUGUCCGUUAGCAUUGCGGAUUACAAUCAACAUUCUGCAGCCGACGACGUGAGGGGGGUAACCCGCCUCGCACAGAUUGACAGGUGUAUUUUUCACGAUAAUUAUGACAGUAGAACCAUGGAUAAUGGUAUUGGUCUCAUCCGCCUGAAGGAAAAGCUAAGCCUAACAGCAAACGAAGAUCUCCGAUCCGUUUAUCUCCCAGAGUCUCGUAAAAAUACUUACGAAGGUAUAUUGGGAACUGUAUAUGGCUGGGGGAGACUUGGCAGUGGUGGCCCUGUUCCGGAUGUUUUACAAGAAGUCAGUCUUCCCAUCCUGGGUAAGGCAUGCACUGGCAGAGUUAUAGCAGGCUCCAUGAUCACUUCACAGAUGAUGUGUGCAGGCGUCCCUGAGGGGGGGAAGAAUUCGUGUCAGGGGGACUCUGGAGGCCCUCUCACUGUCGAAGAGAAGGGGAAAACAGUAAUAGUCGGCCUCGUAUCCUUCGGUGAUUCCUGCAGCCUCCCAGGCUCUCCCGGUGUGUACACGCGCGUCUCUGAAUAUUUAGACUGGAUCAGCAGAAUACCGAGAUGCCCACAAUGUAUCAUCUAUGAAUGGUAA